AAAACUCCAGUCUGCAGCAGCGGCAGCGCAGCGGGUUCUCAACUCCGUCCGCAGCGCAGCAGGAUUCCGCCCAAUCCUCCGAUAAUCGCAGCAGACCGUCCACUCCGUCAGAACUCCGCAGGAUUAGAUCCGUUUACCGAAUUGUGCCCUACGAGGGAGUACUAAUUUUCCAUCAAACCUGAACUGCCUUUUGUUUCGCAUAGAUGGGUCGCAGGGGCUUCUCCGGUGGCAGAGGAGGAGGAGGAGGAGGAGGAUCCCGUCCUGCCUGCCGUUCAAAGGCAUCUCGUGAUGCAGAAGUGCGUAUCUUUUAACAGAGGAGACAGAGAUCAUAGAUGGUGCCAGGACGAGAAGAGAGAGCUUGAAGAGCAUUGUGGUGUGGGAUUUAAAUGCCUUGUGUUGCAAUUUACUCCAUUUUCUAUUUUUGCUUGAUUUGAUAUGCAUGUGGAAAUGUUUGAAGAGGCAUGGCAAGGAGUCAAAGGAAUGCCAAUUUAAUGUUGAGACGCUUAAAAACAUGUGUGAUAUAGAAGCUUAAUGACAAGCCGUUUUCAAGAGAUUCUAUUGAUGUUCAUCGUAAUUGUCCUAGUUACUUACUCCGUAUAAGACCUUGGAAAGACAGUCAGGCGUGGAUGUUUUUAAGGAGUACUUUAAAUAUUGAGUAAAUUCUGUAAUUGGUUCUUUAUAACGGGGAGGUUUCCCUAUAUAGUUCUUUAUUACGGAGUAUCAAAUAUUACCCAAGUAGUCCUUUUUUUAUGGGAUCUGAAUUUGAAGAUAGAAAUUGGUAUGGGUGAGCAGGAAGGAGGACUUUAUUACUUUAAGGAGCCUGAAAAGAAGAUGGUGUGCAGUGCAAAAAAGGAGAGUGCAUCUCUUGAUACAGGAACCACAAAUGAAGUUGGCCCUUAUGAGGAAGAUGAAGAACUGCGGACGGAAGAACAAAUGGACCGUUCCAGGAGGGACAGUCGACCGGAGGAAAGCAGCAGAGCUGACCGGCUACAGACGGUCGACCUGAUGGACCGUUCCGAUGCCCACGGUCGACCGUCAGAGAGGCAGAAUGACGGAUCUCUGAGAGAUGACCGAACGGUCGAUCUGGUGGACCGUCCUGAUAUCCACGGUCGACCGUUCGAGAGGCAGAAUGACGGUUCUUUGAGAGAUGAUCAAACGGUCGACCGUGAUGAGGAAGACGGUCGACCGUCUCCGAGACAGAAAGUUAGCGAUCCAGAACAGCUCCAAACGGUCGACCCUGUGGACCGUUCCACGGACGGCGGUCGACCGUCCCCUUCCCAGCCAGCGGUGGAGAACUUGGGACGUGGUCAGCGUGAGAAACGUCCAAAUGUACGCCUUGCCGAUUAUGUUACCCAUGUGGCUCUUCAGAGUUUUGGACAUUUCAUGUCCAUGUUUCAGCAACCGGAAGGAUUUUCACCUUUUAUUCCAGGAUUGUACCCACAAUCCUCGCCUCAAACUAACAUCAUUCGCCCGGUCGUCCCGACAAACCUCAUCGGGGAGAUGGACAAAGCAGGUCCAUCCCGAUCUAGGAGGAGCCUGUCCCGUAGGUCGCAGACAAAGGUGACCUCGGAUGGGAAUGUGCGUUCAGUCCAUAGCAAAGACGAGGAUUGGGAUGUCCCCCAAGCGCUCAAAAAAUUGAAGGGAAAGGCUGUUCAACCAGAAGGAUCUAGGAGGUCGGCCUUUCAAAGGCUGGGACACGAUGGCCAAAAUCAAAACCGGUCAGCAAAGGAGCGGUUGGGGGUGGAGACCAUCCCGGCUAGUUCCCUUAAUCGUGUAGGGGAGCGGGCCGGACGACCUGGUCAGACCAAGCGAACGGAACCACCCCCACGAGAUGAACCCCAGCACAGCCGGGCACCACGAGAGGAGGAAGCAGAAAGCCACCCCAGGCACACGACUCGUACCCUUGUUGAGCCACGGGAUCGUGUGGCCCGGGUUGAGGCACGACUGGAGAAAUUACAGCGCCGGGUAGACCGGGAGGAAAAGAAGAAAAUCCUGUUGAACGAAUCCUCGUUCACAGAUCGGGUUCAUGAAACCCCAUUUCCAAAGAAGGCAAAACUUGAGGUCCCAAAGUUCACCAGGAAGGAGGACCCGAAAAUUCACGUCAAAACCCUCCAUCAAAGCGGGCGGAUGAUGGGUCUUUCCGAGGAUGAGAAAUGUUUGCUUUUCUUUCAAACCCUCCGCGGCCGCGCCGCUGAGUGGUUUCAUAACUUACCGGCCGGUGAAAUCGACUCUUUCGAUGAACUGGCUGAGGUGUUUCAAGAAAAGUUCAAAGAAAACUGUACCAAGAGGAAAAAGUUUACCUACUUGAGUACAGCCGGGCAGCGAGAGCACGAGGAUCUAACAAAAUUCCUUACCCGGUGGAAGGAUGAGGUUGACAAGGUGGAGGAGAUGGACGACAAAACAGCCAUGUCCCUCCUUGUGUCCGGGCUCCGGUCCGGAGAAUUGUAUAAGGAAUUCUGCAGGAGGCCUCCCCAGUCCUACCAGGAGGCCUACAAACCAGCUUGGGAUUAUGGUGACGCUGAAGCACAGGUGUCGUCUAAAAGGGAGGCCGAGCAGGGCCAUCCCAAAGGAAAGAUUUCCUUGAAGAAGGAAAUUGAACUGCCCGAUAGAGCAAAGGCUGAAAUCAUGGAGGUAAAGCCGGUCAAAUCAGAGAAGAAACCGACCGGCGAAAAACAAUGGACAGAGAAGUAUUGCUCCUUCCACAAAACUGAUUCCCAUAACACUGUGGAAUGCAACAGUGUGAAGGGAGUAAUCAAACAAAUGAUUGAGGCCGGGGAGAUCGAUCCGGAAUAUUUGGCCCAGGCCAAACAAAAGAAAAACCAAUGGGUUAGGCCUGAAGGACAGCCGGCCGAGCAGAACAAGAAAAAGAAAGCAGCCGGCAAGGAGCAUCUACAAGUCAUUUACGGCGGGCCGGAAGGGGGAGAUUCUGCUUCCCAAAGAAAGAAAUGGGGGCGAGAGCUUUACGUUGGAACGGUGGCCCUAAAUCCCCGAUCGAAACAAGUGAGACGGGAACCGAUCACUUUUACUGACCGGGACCUUCCCGCCACCGGAGAAGAUCACAAUGACCCCUUGGUCAUAACUAUGGACAUGGGUGGGGUCGAUGUCUCCUGGGUACUCGUUGACACGGGCAGUAGUGUUAACGUAUUGUACUUGGAUGCAUUUGAGAAGCUCAAGUUGUGUCGAACACGGCUUGAGCCCUUAAAGACUCCCCUGUCUGGGUUUACCAGGGACUCAGUCGAAGCUGAAUGGUCGAUCCUUUUAACUUGUGAGCUGGGCACAGGCGAACAGGUCGUCCAAAAGCAAAUGAGGUUUGUAGUUGUGAACAUCAAAUGUGUUCACAAUGCCAUUUUGGGCCGGCCUGGAAUAAACAAGGUCCGUGGGGUCAUCUCCAUGGCCCAUCUCUGUAUGAAAUUCUAUACCCCGGGAGGUAUAGGACAAGUCAAAGGAGAUCAAAAGAAGGCCCGACAUUGCUAUUUAGAGGCCGUAAAGAAAAUGACAAAGGCGUUUGAGAGAGUCACUUUGGUCUCUCAGGAGAAAGACCGGUCGAAGUUAGAACCGGGCGAUGAAACCGAACAGAUUGUUCUCCGGGAAGCUUUCCCAGAAAGAAUGGUACGGAUUGGUAGAGAUCUGCCCGGAGGACUUCGAGAUGAAAUCAUCUCAGUCCUUCGGGAAUAUGCAGAUAUUUUCGCAUGGAGUGUGGCGGAUAUGCCGGGCACUGAACGUUCUGUCAUAUGCCAUCGUUUGGCUGUGAUGGAAGGGAGCCGGCCUGUGAAACAGAAGAAGAGGCACUUGGCAAACGUCCGGAGGGACUUUGUGAAGAAAGAAAAUAUGAGGCGUUGGCCGGUGGCCUUAGAUUAGCCUGGACGCUCGGAAUAAAAAGGAUGAAGAU